CGCGAACAAGAGACGACUUCGGAUUAUACGCGCAUCCUCGCGCGUCAUACAUCAUUGUAUUACGUAUACUCGCUUCUAGCGUCUUCCUAGAAGUUUUGGGUCGGCCUGCAUAUCUAAAGCACAGCACACAUCACACAGCUCAAACAUGAGAUAGAACAUCAUACCUCAGAAGCCCGAUUCCUAAUCCACCUCACCUUACCUCCUCUAGCGACGAUGUUUCAGGUCCCUAGCGAUCCUCCAUCCACUCCAAACUCGCGCAACGAGGGCUCCAUUUUCCCGUCCACGACACCUGCCGGUCCACCACCUUCCAACUACACGAAUAACUCGUUUACGCCUAUUGGUGCACCCCCUUCAACAGUGUUUGGCAGUUCCCAGCUCAGGAGUGGUGCUGGCAACACCGGUAGAUCAGCGUACAAUGCGCCGGGCCGGUUUGGAAAUCAGUUGUUUGCGAAACAUGGACAGCCUAUAUUCGAAAGUGGAAAUGGCAGCAAGUUCGAAGCUCUAGGUAGUAGUCCACCGAAGGGAGGACGAUUUGCGCAAUACGAAGAUGACGAGGAUGAUGAUGAAGACGAUGAAGACGCCGAGGGUGAAGAAGAUGAGAUUGGUCAAGAGAUGCAGGAUGCACUGGAUCAAAUGGACGAAGGUGUCCAUCCUAUACCACGUUGGAACCUCGGCGAGGUUAAUGCGUCACACUCGAUACCCAACAAUGGGUUCAAUAUGUCAACUGCUUCGAGCCUUUUCGACCCUCCAGGCUUACAAGACUCAAUGAUGAGAGAGCCGCUGAGUCUACCUAUGCAGAGCGUGGAAACACAUAUACGGACAUCGCAGGACAAGUAUGAUUUUUCGAAGCUCGCGCUGGGCUUGGCAUCUCAGAAGACCAUGACUGAGAUGUACGAGGCCGACGAGUUGAUCUUAGAGCAGGAGGAUCUAUUCCAAGAGCUGUAUGGAGCUCUUGCGGCCGAGAACACCGCUACGGCCACGCGAAUGCUCCAUACCCUUUCUAGAGAGCUCCCAAGAAUAUGGACACCGCAAUCGCUUCAGUCGCAAGCUUUGUCCAAGUCAGAAGCUAAGCAACGGAAGACAUUUCAGAAAGCAAACUAUAUAGCCUCUCUUCUCCUUCAACUGUACCAUCCCCCCCAUUUCCCUACGCGACAAGAACUUGGGGCUUCCCUUUUCGGUCGAUCGUCCACGAACUCACCUUCUGGCGAAGUUCCUGUUCCCAAGGUGCUCUUAGAUUGGCUCAACAAUCAUCACAUUACCUGGGCAACGGAGCUUGAUGCAGUCCUUGCACAAGGCAGAAACUUCUCGUCCAGUCCCUCGUUCUGGGAUGCUGUGAUGACCUCUUGCUUGAGAGGCAAAUUUGAGGAUGCCAUCAAGUUGCUGCGCGAUGCCAACUUCUCCUUGGCACACACUUCCAUUCAGGAUGGAAGCAAUACAACAGGCUACCGUGGUGCCGACUUAGCCACGAUUGAUAAAGUCAUCAACGAUGCCAUUAUCGCCAUUGAAGGGUGUCCAGCUAUCAAACACGGCGACUGGAAUGUGAAGGGUGAACGGUGGAAGAUAUAUCGUCGGAUGGUAGCACAAGCAAUACUUUCCUUAAGAGAAUACUCUGAGGGUUCUAGUUACGACCGUUCGGCCAUGAGACCAAGUAAAGGGCCUAGUGUCAGUGCCGCCAGCAGAAGAGCUGAAAGCAAGGUGCCAUGGACUGUAUAUGAGAACCUCCUCAUCGUGUAUGAGCAUCUCCUCGGCAACUCUGAAGAGCUUAUCAGUAGCUCUACAGAUUGGGUAGAAGCAACUGUCGCCUUGACAGCUUGGUGGGAUGGAGAGGAGGACCAGGAGGUGCCCUACGGCAGCAUGGUCGCCAGUCGACUUUCUCUAUCAAGAUCACACCAUGGACGGACAUCAGAUGAUGCACCAAAAAUGGCCUAUCGCCGUAGACUCAGUGCUGCCUUUAGUCAGGUCAUCAACACAGAAGACGAAGAAUUCGAGAUCAAUCCCACAGACAGUACGCAAGUUGCUUUAGCCUGUGUUUUUGAGGACAGAUUAGAAGAGACUCUUUCAAUUUUGCGAUGUUACUCUAUUCCGGUUGCUGCUGCAGUCGAACAGAUUGCAAGCAUAGGAAAAUGGGGCCAUUCUGCUUCACGGGACAUCAUGAAGGGAUUUGACAAGAGCGACUUGAUGGUGUUGAGCCUUGGCAGAGAACAGUCAAACGGCGGGCUUGGCGAGGUAAUCAAAGACGAGCAAUUAAUUAUUUACGCGGAGUGUCUAUCUCAGAGAGACGUACUCUUCGAAGAGCAGGUCGAGAAGGAAGGCUGGCAGCUCGCAAUACAAGUCCUCAGUCGUCUAGAUAAUGUCGAGGCUGCCAAUAACGCCAUUACAGACUUAUUGGAAAGUCUGGAACUCAAUUCUACGGACCGCGUAGACAAAGUUGUUGUACAACUCAAUGAGAUGGGCUUCGCUGAGCAGGCCAACUCGGUUGCGGAGCGUUACGCCGACACUACCGCCUCGAAUACGUACGAAUACGGCACAACUUUGAUCUACUACGCUCGCGCUCGAAACGUCAAGAAGCUUCACUCGAUUCUCGAUCUUCUGAUCUCUCUGUCCCUUGUUAAUUCCACAGCAUACCCACCUCGAACAGAACUGGACUUACAUCUUCAAUCUCUUCUUCUAAGUCCAAAGAAGACUCUUGGUAGCCUUUCUCUCAUUGACCAAGAUGCUGCUGAACUUCUUGCGAGCUCCCUAUCAGGCUACGCCACCGUCCGCAAGUUCUACGACCUACGUGAUGAAGACAUAUAUGCCUCGACCACUGGUACAAAACCUGCACAUCGCAUCUUGGCCCGUCAACGUGCUGCGACAGAUGCCCUGAUGACUCUCAUUGCCUCCGCAUCCACACCUAUCCGCGGUGGUCUCUACGAUCCCGACUCCGAAUCCGUCUUACAAGUAGACGGCCUUCUUGUGCUCCUCGGCGAAGCUCUUCCCCUCCUCAAAAUCGAACCUUGCCCGGUCAGCAUGUCUCACCUAAACACACUACUCGCCGCAACCGAAGACAUUGUAUCCUCACCCAGUCUCAUCCGUGAACAGUGCGAGGAAUGCUUGCGCAGUACACUUGCUACAGCACAUGGGGCCGCUGAGAUGAGCGAUCCACGCGAUCUCCUGAAGAAGAGCGUCUCUGCGUUGAGUGAGAAGACCGGGACGACAGCAAGCUCGCAGUUCUCACUUGUCGGAAGCAGUCUGCUAAGUCGAAGCGGCGAGAACAGUGCUAUCUUGACAGGACGGACGUGGGACUGGAGGAGAGGGUUCAAGCCGGAUACUAGACUCUCUGAUGUUAUCAGUGUUCUCCGAGUCACCGUUGCCGAUGUGGUGGCGAAGGCAUGGAUUGAGGAUGACGGGUUCGAUGAGUAUGCUUAGCGAAUACUGUCUAGAGAAGCUCAAAAAGGGGGCUUAGGUAUUGGAGCGAGUAAACUUGUAGCAUAUUGUCAUAGAAUAGCGAAGUGUUGUAUCGUACUAACAGUCAUCAUACCUUUAAAACGCUGAUUAGACGCAUCUUGACCGAAGUAUAUUCGGUCGCGGCAAAUAAAGUCGAAACGACGGCGUCUAUCCAGCUUCUACGCGAAUGUGUCUAGACAAGACAAUAAUCUAGUAAUUACGACCGCUGUCUACC